GGGUAGUCUAACGAUCGGCUGUGCCGCUUGGUCACAUUGUUGCUGCCUAUCAAAAGAUGCUAUAGACGAAUGACGCUAUUGUCCCUACUGUCACCCAUCCCAGUAAAGGGUGGCUAGGCCUCGCAACCUCGUACGUAUUAUGAUCUAUCAUAAUCGUCGAACGCUGAACGCUGAACGCUGAACAAGAAGAGCGGGCAUGCAGUCUUGCAUUGUGAGAAUGUGGCUAUCGAAGGCAGUCUGGAGGAAUCCGCUUCGCCGAUGACGCCGAAACCACGUCUCGGUCCUCAUCGCCUCCGGUGAGACUAGUAUUAUAAGUCACCAUGUAGGGUACUUCAACGUUUUUGCCGAUUGUGUUAUGUGAGAAGCCCACUAGCGGUAUAUAUCAGACGUUGCAAAGUCCCUCUCGGAAGAUUGGAUGGACACAAGCACCUGUAAAGCUGCUUUCAAAUGUAAGAAAUCGCUGUCGCAAGCCUCCUAGCCGGAGCCGUACUAACUCACAUUCAUUUUCAGACGCCCUUUGUAGUAGCCAUAAUAAGCCCAGUUGCGUUCCUACAGAACUCGCCUCCAGCAAUAUCGGGUAACAGCAGCUAUCAUGGAGCUUGUAAUCAUUGGCUUUGGCCCAGUGGCGGGCUACAAGUACUCCAGGUGCAUACACAACGCAAUCGUGCACGGUAAUCUAAAUCGAUACCACAUCAUCGACCGCGAGUGCCAGCAGCAACAAGUUGAGGCCAGGCUUGCUAAGUUGCCUGUUCAACCUGCAUCGUGCACGUACAUUCCUGAAAACGUCUUGCGAGAUGGCACCGAUUCCGGCAUCGGAUGGCUGGUCCAGCACGGCCUGCUCACAAACGACGGAACGAGAAAGAAGAUUGUUCUCACCACGGAGCCGCAGUCGCAUGAUGCAUAUAUCAGGCAUGCAUUAGCACAACACUUUGACAUCUUGGUUUCCAAGCCCCUGAUAUUACCCAUUAAAGAUGGUGUCCUCGACCAUCGAGCUUUGAUGCCAGGCGUCCACGCCAUUGCGAAAGCAUCAGUGGAGGCCGGCGUCCAUUCUGCCAUGUUGUGUCUGGGUCGAUUCCACGAGAUCUACGAGAAGAAGCUUCGACAGCCAGUGGCGAUGAUGAUGCAGCGUUUACAGACACCAAUCACGUCUGUUCACAUCAAGACUGCCUCAGGGGUGUGGAAUCUCCCGUCCGAGUUCAGUCAGCGGGAAGACCAUCCCUACAAAUACGGCUACGGUAUGCUCAUGCACGGCGCCUAUCACUACAUCGACAUUCUGGCCCGGCUUCUCUUGUUGAACAGACAGCUUUUCCCAGAAGAAGAGUUUUUCAUCACGCUGCAAGGAUUCUCUGCCGGACCGCACGAUCAGCGCAUGCGGAUCGGAAACCUCGAACCAAACACUUCAGGUUACCGACCAGAGUUCUCCGAGUUGCAAGAUGGCCUUCCGUACGGCGAAACCGACAUUGUUGCAUCCUACGCCUUGAGGUUUCGGUCCUCCGGUCGUGUGCUUACGCUGGGAACCAUCUCGCUCGAGCAAACAACACCAGGUAUGCGCUCGUGGGGUCCGUUUCCAGAGGUUCCCUACAACAUCAAUGGCCGGUUGCAUUGUACCGACAUUGACGUGAGGCUGGGCACAGCGUUUUCAAUUGCCACAAACGUGACGAAACAUCCUAUACAAGCUCGUUUGGGCGAUACCGAUGUUCGUGGCGUGAAUUCUGCAACAGUUGUCACGAGAGCGAACGCUCGGAUUGCUCGGACCCAAGGAUUCAUUCGUCAGGAGACCUUCGAGCGUCCCUACGGUAAAUCGUAUUCUUACACGGCAGAAACUGAAAUAUUUGAGAGGUGGCUCCAAGAUAAACCCACCUACAGCGACCUGCAGUCACAUGUCCCCUCAUGCGCUAUACUUGAUGGACUUCUCAAGCUGGCUGCGGCUGACUGGCGUGGCGACAUUGAGGUAGACUUCGACUACCCAGCUCCCGAGUGCCCAAAAGUUUCACAGUACGACGACCCGUGGUACGCAUAUAUGGCCGACGACGUGGCGUUUUCCUCUGAGCACCCGACCAGGUGACCGUACUCGGUGUGACAAGUGAUUUCUGUGGGCCCUGGAUCGGCCAGGAGGCGCCCUAGAGUCGCACAAAAUCCGCCUGAUUUUGAGGAGAGAAGACAGGGUGUGAGAAACGAACGGCACACAUGCCUAGGCAUUGCAUCAGGCCCAACCGAAGAAUUGUUUGAGCCCACCUCAGCUAGGUAGUUCAAAAGACAUCCCGGAUUGCCGGAUUAGAAGCUAGCGUGUUGACGCUAUGCGGGCCCUCUGCAGUGGAUAUAUCGAGGUGAUUAGCCGUCCUCAUCAUGCUGUAUCUUCUUCUUCUUCUUCUUCUUCUUAUCUGCCGACUUUUGUCCUUCUUGUCCACUAGAAGGCCUGACAGUGUCAGAUUCUCCCUCAACAAUGCGCCGGGUGUCUAUUAUAGUCCCCAGCUUUAACGCGGGUUAUUACCUCCGCGACUGUGUAUCCUCGAUACGACAGCAUACAGCAGGUGUCGAUAGAGAAGUGAUUGUGGUGGACGAUGGUUCGACAGACGAGAUGAGCGUCCGCGUGAUAGAAGAAUUGGCCUCUGAGCCGGAUCUCAAAGUGAUCCGCCAUGGCAAGAACCUCGGCGUCCAAUUCGCUCGCAACACAGGCCUGAAGGCAGCUGGGGGAGACUACAUUGUUUGUCUGGACGGAGACGACGUUUUGCUGCCAAUCUUGGAGCAUGGAAGCUUUCUAUCGGAAGCGACACGAAUCCUCUCCGAGAAGCCCGAGGUCGCAUUCGUACACACCAUGUCGGAGAUGUUUGGGGACUUCAGUGGCUUGACGAUCUCCUCGUACCCUCUCCGUGAGGAAAUGGUUGCCCGAAAGCACCAUAUACACAUCGCUAUCGUGUAUCGCCGUACCGAGAUCUCUCAGGGUCUGCAUUACAUGGAGACGGUGCCGAAGUGGCAGGACUGGGCGUUUGGGGCCUCUUUGCUCGCGCGCAGGUGGGCAAGGAGGGAGCAAUUGGAGAUUGGUUUCGUCAAGGGUCCUGGGUAUGGCUACCGCAUUCAUUCUGCAGUUGCUCGAAUUUCUCAGACUGAGGUCCGUGAGCACGAUGCCACACGGCUGGUGAUCGAAGCCCAUACGGAUUACUUCGCCUCAAGACUCCCACAUGUGACGAACAAUGUAGAGGAUCUGACUGCAAUUGUGGUGGCAUCCAAGCCGAGCGCGCUUGCGGAUCUGCUGUUCAUGGCAUCUUUUGAUCUGGAGCAGGCCUUGGGUGUUGCUCGGGAUCGCGGAUACCAACUCGGUUCAGCCCAGGUCGACCGGCUUGGAAUCCCCUAGAGUUCGUUUGCGGUAAACACAUAGAUACGAACAAAAUCGCCAAGGCCACUGUGUGUAGACUACUUGCAAGCAGAACUGGCGCUCCAGACCAGGCAUUACCAUGAGCCAAGUCUCCAUGUGAAUGUUGCAGUCAAGAUUGCCGGAAAUGAGUGCCCCAAAGCUUUGUGAUAUGGCGCCGGCCGCGUACAGCGACGCCACUGUAGUCCACGGGAAAAGAGCGAUAAUAGCACACCGGAAGGAAAUCAGCAACCUCCAGAAAGGCAAGCUCAUUCGGCACGGAAACAAUUUUGCAGUCUUUGAGAAGGCAGUGAGUUGUUUUCGAGUAGUGACGAGUGCAGAUAAUGUCCUCGAAGACCGCCAUCAAACGAGCGUAGACCAGAUACUGGGAGAAUUCCCGGAGGAAUAUGAGGAAGCAUAGCUGCCGUCCAUAUCGCGAUGAAGUGAAUGAAGAAUGGUCUUGCUGGACAGUCUCAAGAGCAUUCUCAGCCUCUGGCGCCUGGCUAGCAGUAACUUCGUAAUGCUCAUCGCGAAUAUACAAGAGUAGAGGGGUCUGUUCCAGCACAAGUGUAGCCAUCCAUCGGAAUGGCAGGUGGAGAGUGAGCAAGGUGCCCGGAAGAGUUCCGUAGAGCGUAGUAGGUGCUGCGGCUGAAUCAGGCCUUUGAACGAGCCUGCAUGCAGAGUUCUUAUCGGAUCACCGUGCCUCUCGAGUGCCACAAUCGGCUCAGAUACCGCAUCGAGAAUGUCGAGAAGGCCGGUGUCAACUCCGCUCCCGUUCGCCACAGCUGCGCCAAAAACAGGUAUUAACCGUUUCCCCAGCGGCUCCCGUACUUAUUCUACUGUUCCCAUCAUAACUCAGAAGAACCUUCUUGAGCCCUGACUGCAUUGCGACUGUCUUAUCCAGCAUUUGUGACUUCCUCCCCUUGUGUUGCUAUGCCUCUGACUGGAACUAGGGAGCCUGAUCCGUUUUGUGACUCCGGGGAAUUCAACAUUUCGGACGUGGACAGCGAAGUAGAAUGUGCGGCUCAACUGCUUAGACUACUCGAUUUUCCUGGCAUGACCUCGCGAAAAGACACCGUCGCUGCUGCCAAUGUCAAAACCUUCCCGUGGGUGUUCCAGCCCAAUACUAAGGCCGACAAUUGCGCAGAUGUGAGUCACUGGCUCCUCAGGGGUGACCGCUUCUACUGGGUGACCGGCAAGGCAGGUUCCGGCAAAUCGACCUUGAUGAAUUUCCUCUUGACGUCUCCAGAAACGGAGGCCGCGCUUUCUAAAUGGGCUGGCAACGCAGGCGUUGUGCUUGUAUCUUACUUUUUCUGGAAUUCUGGCAAGCCUCUGCAGAAAAGUAUCCUUGGCUUACUCCGGGCUUCCGUGUACCAAAUUCUGGAGAAUGAUCGCAGUAUGGCGAGGAUCGUGGAGAGAGUUUUGUUUGAGUCUCGAUGCUCAUCGACGGGCUGUCCUCCAUUUCGCGAGACUGUGUUAUCCGAAUCAAAGCUCUGCGAGGUCUUGUUGGCUCUGCUUGACCAUGGCAAAUCGCAAUCCUCCAGCUACUGCUUCUUCAUCGAUGCACUCGGAGAAUGCGAAGGAGAUCGCACCGUGCUGCUGAGUUUGCUUGAGAAGUUGGUCGAGCGCCCUCACGUCAAGACCUGUUGCUUUACGCCGGCGAAAGGAUGAGACAGCAGUUAGCACGGACAAAGCAGGCAAUUGCCGAAUCGAAUGUGGAGAAGCUUGCCUCGGAAAUUGUCGCGAGGUCCAAUGGCAUCUUUCUAUGGGUUGUGCUUGUAACGUGCGAGAUGAACGAAGGGCUUGCAAGAGGUGACAGUAUUGACGUACUGCUGAGAAGACUAGACGCGUCGCCUCCAGAGAUACGCGAUCUUCUUCCAGUCAUACUAGACAGGCGUGCUGAUGCAUUAUUCCGAGACAGCGCUAUGAGAUACCUGUCAUUGCGUGCAGCAUCGAGCGAGCCGGUAGACCUUCUGACAUUUUCCAUGGCGUGUCUCGAGAACAGCCAUGCUGCGGAACGAGACCAACUGAUGUCAAUCUCGAUGGACGAUGCACAGCCUAUGGUUCAAGAAAUUGCAGAGACGUUGUCAGCUCGUACUGCCGGCUUGCUCGAGGUGUCGUGCGAUCCGAUUCAAUCAGGAUAUGAGGUCAAGCAUCCCAUAUUCUUACUCAUGGCCUCCAUUGCUUACUCCAAGCAUCCGUUCGGGUUGGCACUUGGCUUCGCCAUCACGAACAAGGCCGCACGCUAUCCGCACGUGCAUAUCGCCAAGCAGUUCAAUUCGCAAAGUCGAUUGAUGCCGGAGCUUGAUCCGAGAAAGCACUGCCAAGAAGGAUUUCUGAAGGAUUUCUGAACAAUGACAUUGGCAAAUCCAUUCGUUUGGAGUCUAGUUUGGGGUCCAUGUGGGUAUACUGUUGCCCUAUACCCACGUUUUUUUACUCUAUGCAGAGACUGGCGCAGGUUUUUUUUUAACCGGGAAAUUAGCGACGAAGCACACAGUGCAAGGAGGCGCGUAGCGUACGCGAGGCCGUAGGAGACUGCCCUGCAUGACUCAUGAGAUUGUUAGCUUAUGAAACU